GUGUGUGUGUGUGUGUUUUUGCAGUAACAUGUCAUUUAUGCAGCAAAAUAAUAUUUUAAAGGGGCAAUAAUGCUGAUGAAAACAAAGUUCAAAGAUCUGACUGCCUGUUUCAUCACCCCGCUUUGAGGAUGCAGGACUUGGUUUAAUGAAUAAUUGAGGCACAGGAGUCUUUAUAAGUUGCUAAUUAAGGUGAAGGACCUCCUGCUUCAGUGGCAGCUUUUAUGAGACCGAGACAAUCACAUCAAUUGUCCGUCUCCUUUGCUAAAGCAUAUUCACUGUAGAUCAAACAGGAUCAGACUCGGCUUGAGCUCAUUUGAGUGCGGUUUAUUAUUUGGUUGUGCUUAUUGGUAAAUCUGCUGAAAGGACUUAAUGUUCUUCUGGCUACUGCACCAUGUGCUGUCAGUCUGCUUUAAAACUGAUGACCUGGUGAACAGACUGAUGAAUGAUGCACAGACGUAAUAAUGAGACAGUCGCUCCUGAAGAAUCAAAGGCAGAAGGUUUGAUUGAUGGUGCUGUCAGAAGGAGUGAUCCGUGUCAUCAGACCUUCUGCUCAAACAGUAACAGCAUGAGGACAGCAUGUACACACAGAACACGGCAGACACUCAAACAUUUUCACUGAGCUCAAGCAGUAUAACCUUGUGUCCAGUGCACUAAGGUUCCACAAACUAAUUACGGACCCAGAGCCAGGUUGAGAGACAAGUGUGGAAGAUUAUUCCCUUUCUUGCAGAGAGUUGCAGACUCUCAUGUCUGUUUUGUAAAUAUAUGGCAGUCAGCUGACUAGCAGAGUUCAUUAUGAAGACUGGGAAAGGAGAAACAGAUAACUUGGCUCUAUCUAAAGGUUUGCCUGCUGGCUCUGUUAUUAUGUAUUAUGAUGAUUAUUUAUUGUGUAAUUUGUACAAAAUUCACAGUGUAAAAAUGUAAAAAUGUGGUUUUAUUAGUUAUGCACCAGACUAUUCGGAGACAGGUGACAAACUAAAAGAAAAAAUAAACUCAAAGUGUCUGAUUCUCCAAGUUUUUGCAACUCUGUUGGAAGAAUGGAACAUCAUUCUUCCGACAGCCGUUCCCCCAUUUGGUGUUUUGAUGAUGGCAAUGGCAAAAACAUAGUUGCAGUUCAUUUGAUUUCACAUCAUGUGACUGCAGAAGCCAUAGCAUAUUUUUUAUUAUAUUUUUAACCGACAGCACACAAUUAGAAGUAAUCGCACCAGUACCUAAUUUGCCUCUGUUUUUCUUGGACACACAAAAAAACAACCACAGAACAAGAAGUACACCACCGAAAACAGCACAAUAUGUAAAAGUCAGUCAGUGUGUUUUAAGAAAUAGGAUUAGUAAAUACAAUAAAUAAAAGGCAAUAAUUGGUGGUGACCGUUUUGUGCUAACUUCAGCCAAACCCUGCUGCAAAGCUUCCUGAAGCUCUUCCUCUUCCCCACAGCUUUGAUGAAGAAAACAGAUCAACCAAAAGCUGUCUUCUUAACUGUGUUGCCUGAUUACCUCUCGUAGAUGUUCUAGUCCCACUGUCUGGGUAGAUUCAUGUAAUUUAUAAUACUGAUUAAACCAUUCAGCAACCCAUGGUGCCCCACCGAUAGAGACACUGUCAUCUGGGAAAAGACCGCUAGCAUCAGGACAGAAAUAUUUCAUCAAAGCAUAAAGGUGAUCAACUUUUUUAUGUGCAGUGAUUAUUCCCUUAUAGUAGACAAAUGGAUGCAGCCUAGGCCAGCAAAAAGCAUAGCAUAGUCAAGAAUUCAGGUUUCUCCUUUAAUUUGUCACUUGUUUCUAUGUGACAUGUGCAGCAACGACCUUUGUUAGGAGACAAUGAUUGAGAAAUUGUUGGGCACGUAAGCCUGCACACAGCCUUUGUAUAAAAUAUUUUUUUAAUGUAGUUUAUUUAGUAGCACGUUUCUGUAUUUUAAUAUUUUGGAUUUGUAGCGACAGCAUCUUUGUAUGGAAAAAAAGGGCAAAGCUUCAUCAUAAACACAAUCCUUGCAAACUGGCACAUGUGGCCAAAUUAUAUAAAUUCUAAUAAUUUAUUUAGAUAAUCCUGCUUAGGGAGCAGCAACUGCAGCAACAUUGCUUUAUAGACAGGAAGUCCUCAGUUUGCCAGGAUACAAGGUUAGCAGCCACAUACUAAUUACUCAUGGAGCAAAUACUGUCUCAACCACUUGGCAAAUAAUUACAGCGGAAUCAGUGCUGACUGUCAGACAUUUAGCUGGUAAAGUUUUGCUAAGGUUCAUUUUUUCUAUCUUUUCUAUGUUAGAUUAAAACCAGAAAUCACUUGUCCUCAGAGGAAUUGCAAUGUUGAAUGUCCUACUGAACGGCUGGAUGGGAUACCUCAUGCACAUAAGAGUACUGAUGUAGGGUUUUAUGUUGAGGAAACAUGGAACAGUCAUGAUGAGACAUAAAACUGAACUUAAGCUGAUUCAUACUGCAGGAAGCACUGAAAGCGGUUAGUGCACCGUCAUCUGUCGUGAUGAAUAGUCAGUCUGACCUAUUGUACUGGAAACAGCUGGACUGGCAGGUGCCGAGCAGGAACACUGUCUGACAUCCCUCAUGCCCCACAUAAGCAGCUGCCGUUGGUGACAGAAGGUCGGAGCCUCAGCUGGACUUAAAUCAUUUCUUCCGGUAAAAGAACGCAACACUUACAUCAAGCAAAGCGCUUUCCUGCAGCAGCUUUGCACGUCAUCACUACAGGUAUAUUUUCUCUCGAAGAAUUAAGACACCAUACCGAUUUUAUGCAGGAUUAUGUUUCUAUUUUGAGAUCAUGAGGGGUCACAGUUCAAAAAUGAUUUGAGAAACCAUGAGUUGGAGUGUGGGAAAACCCUGAAAACCCAUUUUCUUCAACAGCCUCUCCUAGGCACAUCAUACUUGAACCCAAACUUGUGUCACAGAAAAACAGUGCUGCUUUGUCUGCGCUUUUCAUGCUAGUUUGAAGUGGGCGGACAUGAGAUAGAAAAAGAGGAUUUCACAUAAUUCCAAUCCACCAACUAGGAUUUAGCAAUAUUUGAAUCAGAACAUUGACAGUUGUCCUGCUGUUUGCUUACAUUGCUCAGCUAGAGUCCAACAAAUCUAAUCAAACCACACAGUCCAAAUGAAACAGAUUAUUCAAACUCUUAAAAUGAGUUCUUGAAGAUAUGUUUUACUCUUGGAAUGUGUGUCUAUGAAAGAGAAAUAUAUGUCUUACAAGUUUCAGCACACAAAAUAUAUGUUUAAUAUGUUUGCUUGAAUCUUAUAAAUUAAGAUUUUCAAGUACAUAAAACAUUAAUUGCAAUAAAUGUGGUCAUGAUUCUUGUUUGCCAUUUCCAUUCUCACAUCCUCUUCCCUACAUCUUCUUGCAUCUUCUGUCCUGCAAUCCUCUGAAAUCCUGUUUUUGAUUAAAAACCACACUGUUCAAUAGCUGUGCCACAUACUGUAUCGUUCUUGUUCCUUUUCCCUCCUGCUUCCUUCUCUCUCUGUUAUUCACACGUAUACCCGCUGUCUGCUGACCUCACCUGUGCAGCCGGAAACAAAUAAAGCCCAUCUGGUGAGGUGUGCGGUCCAUUAGCAUGCCAUCGUCUCCUGCGCCGACACAGGAAAUUCGUUGUCAUGAAUACACCGUGUUCUCUCUCUAUCUCCAUCCAGAAGGCAGAAAGGAUCAUUACCAUGGAGACUGGCCAGUGUUCAUCACAGAGUCGAGCACUUAUCUUCAAAUCUGAGCAGAUGCAUGGUUUGUUACGCACUUGGUAGCAGGUUGUUGCAUGGUAUGUGCAGUAUUUGUUCAGUCUUUUAGACCGGAAAACACUUCAGUUUUGUUUGCUCAUUUUAACAUAGUGCCAGUAGUGCAGAGACUACUGAAUGCAUAGCUCCUCAAAUUAAAAAAAUAUUGGAAUAUACCAUCAUUUUUGCAGAUGCGUACAAUGAGCAUUAUGGAAUUAAGACAUUUCUGGACAAUGCAUUAUGUUAUUCUUAUUUUCAUCACUAUCUUGUCUAUUAUAUAUGGUUUUGCUUAGUUUCAAUAACGGAUUACACAAGCUUUAUAUGGUCUUGAUACAGGUCUCUGCUCAGCUCAGGUUAUUUGUUAAUGUGCUAUAUAAAUAAACUUGAUUCGAUUUGAUUUAUCAGAGCAUCACAUUGCCAGCUGCUGUGCUGAAGAGAACGGUGAGAGAAGCGUGGCAUUGGCCUUAUGAUAAAGGCCUGGUCUGAUUUGGUCUAACCCAGUGGAUUUGUAGUUGAUCUAUUAAUAGCAGUGGAUGGUCAGUGGGUACAAAGGUUGACAGAGGUGAAAGGGUUUUUUUAAAAGCAUGCUGGAAAAUGUGCCUUACACCAGAGAGAGUGACAAGAACUGAGGAUGCUCACUAUCUUGGUUCAGAGGCGAUUAUUCUGGUACUAUAUUCUAUAGCAGCAUAAUCCAAAGUACUGGCAAUAAAGGUAUGUUUUGCAACAUACACCAGGAGCUUAUUUUACUAUUAAAAGAUAAAAGACAUGCGUUAAGAAGCAGCUUAGAUGUGGCUUUUUUCUCUUUUUUUAAAAAGAGGGAGACAGAGACAGCUCUCACUUCCAAAAUAAUGAAGUAUUUUGGCUAUUUUUUCCACCUUAUUUUUUAUUCAUUAAAGUUACUAAUUCUACUCUCAUUGACCAUUUUGAAUGUAAAUCCUUCUUGCACAGUGUGUAGGACAAGAAUGAAGCACAUUGGAUUACACAGGCGAAAAGAAGUAGUCAAUUUCCAUAAGAGGCCAGAGAGGGGCAGUGUUGUCUUGCAAGCCCUUCUCUGGCAUAAAGACACUUGGCUUCACUGCAGGGGAUAGGAAAUGAAUGAAACCUUAGGAUCAGCAAAACAAGAAUAACACAGUCACUAAAUAUGUUUGGUUUAAUUUUGUAUUCCUGAUUCCUUUAUUGGCCUACGUAGUAUUAACCUUUGAGUACAAUGUGUCUGCCUGAUUCCAUUUUCACUAGUGUGUAUCGGUGUACACAGAGCCGUCUCCAUGCUCACAGUAUUUAUAUCCUCCCUAUCCUUCCUAUCCUCCCACAGCACAGGCGCAGGAAAAUGAUCUUAACUUGAAAGACCAUCUGCAAAUACCAUCCAGGGCACUGUAAUGUUCCCAAUAUAACCUCACUACACAGUCAGCUGGGGGUGGGGGGGUCCAGACGGUGGCCUCGGUCUGAGCUACAAGCAAAUCAUCCACUUCGGUCUUUCUGGAUUUUGUUUUCUUCACAUGAUUGAAUGGACACCAUGAUGAAAGGGGAAGAUUCAGAGGAAGUAGAGAUUGACUUGGAGGACUCCAGUGACCCUGAAGAAUUUGAAAAUGGUGAGGAACCUCAGACGCUGUGGAGGGCCCCUCCUGCUCUGGAAGAGGAGGAAAACAUUCAUACGUCUACACUGGUGGAAAUCAGUGAUACCAAACCUCUGAUUAAUGCCAGAGACCCCCGAGGUAUCAAUGACUGUCUCAAGGUGACAUUUGAGGAUGUGAUAGCCGAGCCAGUAUCGGUGCGCAGCGGGGACAGAAUCUGGAUCUGGAGCAACGCCCUGUUUGAGGUGUCCAGGAUUUGGAUUUACAGGAUAGUCACAGUACUUCUGGCCAUUCCCAUGUCAGUUAUCUCUGGUCUCAUCUUUGCCAUCCUCAGCUGCUUCCACAUCUGGAUGGUUGGUCCCUGUAUCCACUGUGUCCAUAUUGGCACUCGCUGGCUGCAGAGCCUGUGGAGCAUCGUGCUGGAUGUCAUUGUGAAUCCGUUCCUCAUAAGUGCUGGGAAAUGUUGUGGAGGGUUCAGUAUCCACCUCGCCAAAGAAUGAGACUCACUCAGGAGAAGCACAUCCAGAGUGGAAUUGUGUUCAUGUGGAACUGGCCCAAGCGGGCAUGGCUUUUUCAUUCAUAAAUUUUUGUUUAAAAUUAAACAUACAGCUUUUAUCCAAGUUCUAUAGCAUAUUCUGGCUCUACUUUAUGAUUUUGUCAGGUUUUUUAACAAUUGGUGGAUACAUCUUGGACCUGGCACAGUAACAGAAGAGAGUAAUCAACUUUCAUUGUUUUUGCUCAGUGUGGAGUAUUUUUUUCCACCUUGAUGUCAUAGUGGUGUUAUGAUUUAGAUGAUUUUAGCAGAAUUUCUUCUACAAAUUAAUUUUGCAUAAUAUGUCGCAAUGCUUAGCUUUGGUUUUAUAUUUUCUUGUAUUUUUAAACUGCAGUUUAGAUCGUAAAGAUACCCUCCGCCCCUGUUUGAAGAUGUACAAAAAAUACUCUAACAUGCUUUGAAUAAUAAUUUAUGUCUGAUAAAAAAUUCAAUUGCCUAUUUGGAAAUGCUUUAAUGACACCUACGCCUCAUCGGUCACUGAAAAAUGUAGAAUCUGUGAAUGUGCAAAGAGUGUAUCUUUCAUUUCAGAAUGUGUUUACUGGACACUAGAUGCUCUGCAUCACUGGAAGUCUCAUCACGUGUGCAAUGCAGGCUUCAAGUCUCCACAUUAUAUUAGUGCUUUGGGAAGAACUUUCCACUUUUAGAAGAUGGGUUUGAAAACAGUCUUCUAAUGUCAAACUCUGAACAUACUGUGUAUGAUUAAGUACAAUAGCAGUCAUCAUAUUUUUUGAUAGAGACCAUAAGAACAAAACUGUACUUCUAGAUUAGUUUUAAUGUUAGAAGAUUGUAGCUGUAAGACGACCUGUGGACAAGAAAAUUGGUUUUAUUAGAAAUAUUUGAUGUGUUAGAAGUGCUGCUGUGAGAGGAAGUAGAAGCAAAAGGACUGGUUAAAAGGUUUUUUUUUUUUUUUUUUUUUUUUUUUUAAGUUUUGCACUCGAGACUCAUUCCUGGGAUUGAAACAAAUCAUUGAAGCUGGAAUGCAGGGUUUCCAUUUAAAUGAAUGUCUGCUGUAUUCAAGCCUUUGCCAAAUGGGGUUGGCACAGUGAUUAAGCACAUCAGUGCCACGUAAACCUAACUGCAUUAUGCUGUAUGCGGUAUCUGCUGGCGCACCGAUAGUGGUGCAUUUUCCAUCAACCAGCAGUGAUUAAUUUGCCACAGCCAAAGAAUCAAAGCAGCAGAGACAACAAAGGCUUCCAUGACUAGAAGUAUAGCAGGAAAACCAAGGAAGCACCAUUUCGAGGAGGGAUAAAAAGAAGGUGAUCAACAGUGUGGUCUAGACAUGCAUCAACAGUUUUUCUGUUGUUACCUUUAUAGCUAGAAGGGGGAGACAAAAGUUCUACGCUGCAGGUUUACAAUAUCAUUCAUAACAAUAUAUGUCAUGAUGCACUGCAUGGUCAGUAUGAAGUUUAGGAUUUAUGCUACUAUGUAUGUUUAUUGAGCAGUUGUUUUUUAGACUUGACUUAAUCACCUUUUGUGCACAAUAACAGCACUCAGAGGAACAUCUUACUACUUAAAGCUUGCUCAGGAAAUAAAAUUGUAAAACUCAUUUCAGCCUCAUUUUAAAUUAAAUUUUGUCUGAUAUGUUUCUCAUAGCCCUGCGACAGACUGGCGACCUGUCCAGGGUGUCCCCUGCCUUCGCCCGAGUCAGCUGGGAUAGGCUCCAGCACCCCCCGUGACCCUAGUGAGGAUAAAGCGGUGUAUAGAGAAUUAAUGGAUGGAUGGAUGUUUCUCAUAUUUAUCUCCUAAAAUUCAUUCACUUCAGACUCAAAGAAGAUACCUUUCCAGUCUUAACUAAUGACUCCAUUUCCUCUCAAUUGAGCUACACGUGAGCUAUGUAUCAGCUUCAUGAGAUAUAUUUGGAUUAAGAAGGUAUCUUUUUUAAGUCUCAAGUAAAUCUCACCUAUAUCUUCUGGUGAAUUUUAAAAGGGCAAUAUGAGAAACAUAUCAAACAAAGUUGAAACUAAAACAAGGCUGAAAAGAGAAUCACAAAUUUGUGAGUUAUAGAACUCAAGCUUUAAGGGGUAAGGGUUCAUCAAUAAAUUUUAGAGAGAAGUCUUGUGUAUGGUUGAGUAGUGUUAGGUUUAGCGUAAGAGUUAGUAUAGAUUUGGGAUAAGUCUGAAUGAACGUCAUCAAUCUAAGGCCUUCUACAGUGAUGACAACUGUGUAUGUUCUUCCUGUUACUUGCCAGCGUUGCCCUCUCUGUUUUUGACAGUUUUGACAGUACUUAUUACUGGCGGCUGCCUGUUGA